UGUGUUGCUUGUUCCUACCGAUUGUGUCAUGUUCUUAUAUUAUGUCUUCUCUAGAAUAUUUUGUCUUGAGCCAGGAAUGGGAUGGCCCUCUAUCUCAUCUCUGAGGUAGUGGUAUGAACUGAUACGCUUUACCCUCUUCAGACCCACUUUGUAGGAAUAUAUUGCUUGUUGUUGUUGUUGUUGUAGUAGUACUAUGGUUGACUUCUUAUAGAAAUUUCAUUAAUGUCUUUAAUUUGAUGUUUAAAUUCUUUCUAGCUGUCACUACUCAUCUCUAUACAUAAAAUUUGGAUUUUUAGCGUAGAUAGAGAGCUUAAAUUGAAGGGGAGCGUUGGAGUAACCAGUAAAGUUGUUGCCAUGCGGUAAAGUUGCUACCAUAUGACCAGGAAGUCACAGGUUCAAGCCUUGAAAGCAGCCUCUGGCAGAAAUGCAAGUAUUGACUGAAAUGGAAGAUGUCACAAGUAAUGGAAUUCAAGUUGACCACAAAGUAGUUCAGACAUUGCAAAGGAAUUUUGUGCAAGUACAGAACAUUUUGGAUCAAAACAGGUUGUUAAUCAACGAGAUAAACCAGAACCACGAGUCAACAAUCCCAGAUAACUUGACUCGAAAUGUUGGUCUAAUUAGAGAACUAAAUAACAACAUUAGAAGAGUAGUUGAUCUCUAUGCUGAUAUCUCCAGUUCUGUUACCAUAUCUAUGGAGGCUUUCUCCGGGGGUGAAUCAACGAAUGCUAAUCAAUCAGAUCAUAGAGACGGUCAGAAGAGAAUUAGGUCCAGCUGAACUGUGACCAUAUUGAAGCUCUGCUCUCUUUAAAUAGGUUUGAGUAAGAACUGGAUGGAUACCGUGGAUUCACAUAGUGUUGAUGAAAGAUCCUCUAACGUUUAUCAGUUCUAGGCUUAUAGCUAUAAAACAUUUUGAAAAUAAAUCCUCUCUGGUCAUAUGUUCCUUUGUUAUCCUUCUAUCUGCUUUCGCUACUGGACUCAAAUUCAUAGUUGGCAAGUUGCAGUUUUUCUCCUUGUA